GUCAAAUGACCUUUUAUCAAGAUAACUUUGGAGAUGUUUGGUUAACUGGAACUUAUCAGUGGGGGUUCAAUGACCCUAGUAGCUGGGGUUACGACUGGUCCAUUCGCAAUGGCUGUGACGAUGUCAUUUUUAAUUUAACUGAUUGGCUACAUAUGGAAUUUGCAGCCGACAGUGGUUGCUACGGUUAUGAUAAUCCUUCAAAAAAAGGACACAAAAGAAUAAAUUAUUUAGAUAAGAGACAUAAUGGUAAUAAAUGUAUAAUUGGAAAAUGGGGUACUAAGCCUUGGGUAGUCAAAGUCUCAGAUCUUACUUGGGAUUGUGAAGAUCAAGGUUUCAAACAUAAAAUUUGUGUUGGUAAAGAUAUUUAUAAGGAUAUGGUUACAGUAGAUGAUGAUAAAAAACCCUCAAGGAUGAAGGAUGAAGGAAAUACAACUGGCCUAUACUUGGUCAUAGUUGGUCAAAGUAACGAUGGCAAGCAUGGGAAGCGUGACACUACUACAUCUGCUGCGUCCAUUAACAUCGACAAUGAAGGUGGAACAGUGGUACCCCAACAACCACCGCCUACCUCUAAUACUCCUCCCGCUCCUGCAACUACCACUUCCACAACUACCACUUCCACUCCUGCAACUACCACUUCCACAACUACAACUUCCACACCUGCAACUACCACUUCUACAACUACCACUCCCGCUUCCACAACUACCACUUCUACAACUACAACUCUCACUUCCGCAACUACCACUUCCUCUUCCAAAAUUACUUACACUCCCGCUCCCUCUUCCACUUCCAAAAUUACUCACACUCCCGUUCCUUCUUCCACUUCCAAAAUUACUUACACUCCCGUUCCCUCUUCCACUUCUAAAAUUACUUACCCUCCUGUUCCCUCUUCCACUUCUAAAAUUACAUACCCUCCUCAAAGUCUUAGUAUAAAAGUGAUUAUUAGUCCUUUUAUUAUUCAUAUAUGGACAGUGACGCAGAUUUGUAAAGUUAUAGUCAUAGGGCAGAUGAAUGUGGCGCGUUUAUUCGAUACAAAUUUGUAUCUAGGUUCAAAUUCGUAUCCAACUAAGCAGGCCCCUAUACUUGCUUAG